AUGUGGGGUGAUUCUCUGUUAAUUGUGUUCAUUUCAAUAUGCACUGCUUUUCUAGGAGAAGGAUUAACAUGGAUACUAGUUUACAGAACAGAAAAAUAUCAAAAGCUUAAAGUUGAAGUUGACCGUCAAAGUAAAAAGCUGGAAAAGCGUAAAGAAGCCCACGGUGACUCCUUAGACAAGCAACACAAAAAGAAAAUUGAAAGAGAAGAGGAAAGACUUAAAAAUAAUAAUAGAGACCUUUCUUUGGUGAAAAUGAAGUCCAUGUUUGCAAUAGGAUUUGCUUUUACUGCACUUUUGAGUAUGUUCAAUAGCAUAUUUGAUGGGAGAGUUGUUGCCAAACUACCAUUUCAUCCUAUUUCUUGGAUUCAAGGAUUAAGUCAUAGAAACCUUCCUGGAGAAGACUACACAGAUUGCUCCUUCAUUUUCUUGUACAUACUUUGUACUAUGAGCAUAAGGCAAAAUAUUCAGAAAUUACUUGGAUUUGCUCCAUCACGAGCUGCAUCUAAACAAGGCGGGGCAUUGUUUGCAGCACCUGCAACUCAAUUUAAAUAA